UAUGCACAUAAUAUAGUUAGAUACUAUCUGGAAUACGUAUGUAAUAGAUAGGAGAGGACACUAGGGGAGUAAUGAGUAGGUGAGUGGCUGUCAGUUGCAUUGCUGUUCUGUACCACCGCUAAACGUUUCUUUGGCACAGAUACAAUGAAUUAUUCAAAAGCUGUAAUAUUACUAGCAAUCAUUUUUCUACAUUGUUAUGAAAUAUCUGCAAGAAGAGGUCGAGGAAGAGGCAGAAGUAAAUCGCGAGUUCAAAUUGGACUGCCGAUCACCGGAAAAUACCGAGAUCGAGAAAGUGAUGAAUAUUAUAACAACAACAAUGGUGCCAAAAUCUUAUCGUCAUCGCAUUUUGACUAUGAAUACGUUUUGGGGCAUAAAAUCGCAUUUGUAUGUUCCGCUCGAGGUACUCCGCGCCCCCACAUUACAUGGUUCAAGGAUGGUACAGAAAUUUACACUCACCUAUACAUGAACAUACACGAAUGGCGAACAGGAACUGACAGAGUAAAAUCAAAACUGGAAAUCGAUCCAGCAACGCAAAUGGAUGCCGGGGUUUACGAAUGCACAGCAGAUAACAUGUAUAGUAUCGACAGACGAUCCUUCAAGACUGACUUUUCUAUUGCAUUUGAUUAAAGUUUUGGGUAAGGUGGAAUUAUGUAAUGUGUCACUUGCUCGUCACGUUUUACGUUGAAGAAAAUAUUUUCAAUGAUCUUCACCGGUAUGCAGAAUGUGGCAAAAAUACAAAUGUAUCGUAGUUUCUAACAAUAUUAACGUACGAGGAUUAAUUUUCA